CUAAAUAACAAAGCACACAGACUGGUACAAUGAGAUUUUUGUCCUUACUUUUGUGGGGUUGGAAGGGCUUUCUGCAGCACCCGUUCGGCCACGCGUCCGCCCAUCGACUCGCAACAGUUAGAAAACAGCUGAACUUGGAGUAUCUCCCGACGCCAGGUUUUCCUCUGACGACGAUGGGUUUGGAGAAGUCCUUGGCAUGAAAGCCACACAACCAUAGCCACGGAAUGUUGGUGAUAUCUGGACCACCGCACGACUCCGAGUGCCUCAAGCAUUGAGCGUUCCGGUGAAAAGCGACUUCCGUCAGCAGAAGCGGUCCUCGGUCCCUCCUGCCUUUUGGGUACCCCUCUUCGUGGGACUACCCCGAUGGACCGUAAAGACUCUCCUUCGUGACGGGAGCCUGCACAAUGCGAGCACCGAAAGAGAUUUGGCAAAGAAUCGCUGAUGAGCUAAACGCAAUCACUUCAAACAGGACAAAAGGGACAUUUUUUGGAGAAGAUGGAGGGGGCCGACGAGAAUGUCGAAACGAUGCGGCAGCAGCUGGACUAUCUGCUGGACCUCGUGCGUCGUCAGCAGGUGGAAUUGAAGAGCUACCAUGCACAGGUGUGGCAACAGCAGCGUCUUCAGGAGCAGGCGCUGUAUUUCCAGCAACGACCCCGCGAGGCUGACCACGCUCUUGGGCAAGAUUCCUCUGUGCGUUCUGUUACGCUCCGCCGCCGGAUGUCGUCGUCCUCGCGGCCGUAUCGGUCAGGAAGUUCUAUGCCGAGAAGUGCAUCACCUUCGCUGAUUUCUGCCACACCAAGCGACUCGGGCCCUCUGUGCUUCCCUUCGAAGUUCCCGCUUCCAGCCUUCCUGAGUCAACAUUUUUUACCCCUUUUUUCGCCGCACUCCAGAACCGCAGAUCCGGCGCGGUCGUCCGUCCCUGCUCGCAAGGACAAGAGGUUUUCCGACAGAGACGGUGUUGAAGAAAGAAAACUCUCGUCAGUGUCUUCUCUGCUGUCUCCCGCCGCAAGUGUCUGUGGCAGGCGCGUGUCCCAUUCGCUGCUUUCCAGAGCCGCCACGCCUCCUGGGCACCUGAGUUCUUCCCGGAGUUCUGAGAACAAUCCGAGUCAGCUGUUGCUGGUUCUGCGUUCUAUGGGCUCCGGCGCUCGCGACGAGUCGCAUGCAUUGCUGGGCUCUGAGAGAGCCGUGCUCCUGCGUCUUCAACAGUAUCUUGUGAAUAAGCUGCGAGGCCACCCAGUGCUUCGGGUGGUCUCUGAAGUCGAAGCAUGUAGCCGAGAUGCGAAGAAAUCCUUCAGCGCAAGACUGGCUCGGGGAUUUCCGUUCAGCCGCCUUUUGUUUCGGGGGCCGGCGUCUUCCGACUGUAAAAGCAAAUUCGUAGUUGUCACAGCGGACAGUGAGAAACUCCUCCUUGUUCUGGAGGAAAUGGGCGGCUUGAAGCUCACCGCGGACGGGGUCUUCUUCGCUCCGUACAGAUCGGCCUGUAGAGUUUUUUUCAAGGGUGGCAGGAAAGAUUCGCGAUUGUUUCUGACUCCAAAUGAAGCGAUCGAGUUGAUGAGGUCCGAACUAUUCGCUAUGCGAUUUGGCGCCGAUGCUCCUUAUCCGAGCCUGCAAGGCCUGAGCGUCUUGGAGGUUUGUAUCGCAGCAGGCGUCGUCGAGGAUUUCUUCCCGCUGCAUCAACCGCGGCUUCUGGCAGUCCUUCAAGCCAAAGCUUCCAACUGGAUCGGCAGCUGCCCGCAGAGUCUCUGUCGACGGAGACGCGCUGCUGAGAAAGGAGGCACGUCACCGCCACUCUGUUCUCCUAUGGCGGUCGCGUCUGCAGCGUCCUACGACGUCCUGGUUGCUGCGUAUUUCGGUUACCCAGCUGCUGCUUUCACUCUCUUUGGUCGUUGGAUUCGGCGUCUCCUCGUUACCCUUCUGUUGCUUUCUCUUGCGGGGUAUGUUCUCCGGCGCCUCGUUCCCGCCAUGUUGCCGCUCCUUGACAACGCUGCAAAAGAGGCGAUGUCACUCGCGGGGUCCUCAAACUCAGCUCCAGGAACUCCGGGUGCCGGAGUGGCUGGUGUCAGAGGCGCGACGGUCGCUGCCGUGGCGGCAGGAGCAGUGACAGAAGUGCUUCGUGGGAUGGUGGACUCGCCUAUGGUAUUCAAUGGCUUUGUUGGAAUUGCUGUUUGCCUCUUUUUACUGAUUCAACUCAAGCGGCUCACAAUCCUGAUCCCCAUCUUCCGGUAUACUCUGGGUUUAUCUACUCUGCCGCCGUUUGCCUCGUUCGCUUCUUCGUCUUCUUCCCUUGCAUCGGCCUCGCCUUUCUCGUCACUACUCUUCUUCGAGUGGCCAGUGCAUGCGCUUCGGCAGAAGGUGGAGGCUCUCCUGGCCUUCGCGGCGUCUCCUUCGGAAAGGCUCUCCUUCGCUGCACAUCCUCUGUUCCGUCGAGCUUUCCUGAAGCAGAGCUCCCGUUCGACUAGAGUGGUGGAUAACUCGGCCGAACCCUCUCCUCACAGCUACCAGGCUGAGUGCUCGCAGUCUGCUUCUGAGCCACCGGCACGAAGGGUUCCAGUGAUCCGAGAGCUUACGGAUGGCCGGAUUGAGACGAGGGAGAACGCGGACCCGGUCUUCUCCUCUCGAUCGAGCUCUCCGUUCUUGUCGAUUGAAAAUGCGACACGACUCGGCCUGUACAUCUGUUUGUACCUGGUUAUCUUCUCGUUGUGCCUCGCCGGGCUCGGCUUUUCCCUGCUUCCGGGUUCGCCGGAUACUCUUGCCCUAGGAACGGUGCUGCGAUCGUUCCUAACUCAAGCACCGCUGCUGAAGUGGCUGUUCUCGCCGAGCUAUCAAAUUUUUUCCGUGUGUUCGUGCCGAUCUCGUUCAAGAGCGGGUGCCGGCGUCGAUGCUCCUUGUCCGAGUUCGGUUUUCCCUGCCGUUUCUUGGGCCCUGCCGUCAACUGGUGCCUUCCGCUUUUUGGCAGAAUUCCAGGAGUCCGUCGAUGUCACACAGCUUUUCUGUGGCCUUGCUGAGAAUGCACACCUUCUGUUUCUCUCACUCGUUUUUCUUCUCCUGUGCCGAGUGGCAGCCUAUUGGUCCUCCUGCAUAGGCAGAAAGCUCGUCGGCAUUCGCCUCCCUGAGGCUGCCCCUUUGAGUGCGGAGACCGUGUCGCGCUACGAAGGGACAGACCUUGGAAACGAUGGUUCAGUCAGACAACCUGACGUUGUGAUCAAAUCGUAUCUGGAGGUAUCGUCACUUUUCUUCUCGGUCUCUUCCCUCGCUCUUCUCCUCCUAGCGAAUCAAGCGCUGGACAUCCCUCUCUCGACAGCCCUGCUGGCUUUUGUUUUCUCUUUCACUCUGGAUGUUCUUUUCUCUCUCCUCUGCAUCGGGCAGUUCGACGAGGUUGUCCCGUCUCUGCCGUCGCUCGACUCUACAUCGGCUCGGGCCCUGACUCCGCAGUUCCAGGCGUUUUUGCAGCCGUUCUCUUUAGGUCUGCUGUAUCGUCGCGCUUUCGUUCUUCUCCUUCUCCUGCCUCUUGCCGCCGUACACGGCUCUCUUGUUCCCUUCCUCGUUCUCUCCCUCGCUGCUCUCAUCCUUCAGUCUGUUCGCGCAAGACGCGAGAUCCUUGUCUCCCGCAGAGCAUUCAGUGGCAGCGGGAAGUCUUUCGCAGAUAUUCUUGAUUUGUGGUUGCCCAUCCUCGGUAGCCAGCUGAUCCUCCUUCUCGUCGCAGUAGCAUCUUCCACCUUCCUCUCCCUCACGCUUUUCGUCACUCAUGCCUCUGUGCCAGCCGCGGAAGGGGCUGCUUCCGUCGGGGAGGCGAAACAGGGACAGAGGGGAGAAGAGUUGUUAUCCGGAUGGUCCUUCCAGACUCUCCAAGCGACGAUUCUAGCGAUUCUUCUCUCCUUCGUUUCCUGGUCUGUCCCGCCAACCACUUCGAAGCUCCGGAUUGUACUCGAGAUGGCCGAACGCGACUUGAGUGCGCACGAAUUCGGCUUCGCAGUGCGGCGUGACGAGGCGGAAGAAACCACUGCUUUGACUUGCCGGCUCGUUGGACUUCCGAGUACAGUUGGGCAGCCAUCGCAUCUUCCAUUCUUUACGCGGUUUCUCCGUUGUUUCUUCCCUCCUCUUCUUAUCCUCUCGCCGCCACCGGCGCAGCCGUGCUCACGGACCGGGCGUCGAGUCGCAGCAAGUCUCUUUGAGGCUUCAGUGCUGCAUAAAAUGACGCUGACGGUUUUCGGUCUCGCUGCUCACGCGGCGAUCAAGGACGAAGGCGCUGACGAAAAAUCCGAUGAGGCCGUGCCUCAUGUCGACACCAGGCAACUCUCGGCGGCGACCGACCAGUACAUCGCGUCUCUUCCCCGAAGUCCAGGAAGCGCCGCGUUGACAGCUGUAGCCCUCCCGUCCUCCACGACUGAAACGCCGCUGCGGGAGCGCACGGAAGACACCAAAAAGCGGAUCAACCAAUUCCUCGGCGAGUGGCUCUUCAAUCGAAACAGGUCCGAGAGUAUGAGUCCCCUGACUCAACAUUUGGGCAUCCCUUGGGUAGUGCGGCAGGCUGUCGAGAAAUUUACGCCCCAGUUGAGAUAUUCCUACGAUGAAGAGAAGAAUGAACUGAGCGUGGCCACGACUCUUACAGCUGGGCUAACAAAGCGGAUCAACCAAUUCCUCGGCGAGUGGCUCUUCAAUCGAAACAGGUCCGAGAGUAUGAGUCCCCUGACUCAACAUUUGGGCAUCCCUUGGGUAGUGCGGCAGGCUGUCGAGAAAUUUACGCCCCAGUUGAGAUAUUCCUACGAUGAAGAGAAGAAUGAACUGAGCGUGGCCACGACUCUUACAGCUGGGCUAACAAAGGUACGGAUCUAUUGCGACAUCGAAAAGAAACGCACUAUGCUGGCUAUGGGGGAUGCUCCUUCAUCAGAAGUGAAAUUUCCAGAUGUAUGUGCGUCGGAGGUUGCAGGCGUUUUGUGUUAA